UUUUGGCUCGUAUGUAGAUUUGCCCUGCCGGUUCCACUUGCCCAUGGCCAUUGGCACGCCUGAGGCGGAAGAUGUGGUGGAACUGGUCGAAGAGGUGACAAGCUUUAGCUUUGAGAUACCCGAGGGGGUGAAAGCAGGAGUGAAAUUGAAGGCUUGACAUGAGAGAACUUGCAUGGUUCACAUUGAAUGUAUUCCUUUAGAAUCUUGUGGAGCAGUUUGCACAAUUUGGCCGAUAAGCAAUGUGCAGGUGGUGGCACCGGACCAAGUCACACUUCACAUUCCUUUGCCGCACAAUGUUGUGACUGGUGACAGGAUGGUCAUGGUAAAAUCUCUCGACGGCAAGUGGGGCAUCAAGCAUGUUGUUCGUGGUGAACUAGGUGGCGCACCUAUGUUCAGUACUCCUUGGAAGACUGAAGAAGAAAUAGCCAAAGACCUCAGCCAACCACACGUGUGCAGCGUGGAGCUAGCAACCACCAAGGGCACAAUCAAGCUCAGGGUUGUUCCGAGUUGGGCGCCAAAGGGUGCACAACGCUUCCUACAGCUUGUGAGUGACAAGUACUAUACGGACCUUCCCAUUUAUCGAGCAGUGCCAGAUUUCUUGAUACAGUUCGGUGUCACUACUGACGAUCGAUAUGGGAGAUAUGAGGCCAUGGAAGAUGAUGAACUCAAGGGAAUUCCCUUCUUAGAAGGUAUGGUGUGCUUCGCAGCGUCCAGCCAGAAUAGCCGACUAGCAGCGAUUUGUGUCUUCUUGACCGACCUACCGCAGCUGGGGAAGAGGAGCUGGGAGACACCAUUCGCUCGAGUUUCAGAAGAAUCUUUCCCUGUGCUGCGGAGCAUUUACACCGGCUAUGGUGAGAUGCCACAAUGUGGCGGGAGUGGUCCUGACCCAAUUCAAUUGCAGGAUAGAGGGAAUCCUUACAUCAAGGAGAAAUUCCCGCAAUGUGACUACGUCGAGUCUGCUGAAUGGGUGCAGUGAGGAGCCGGCCUUUAGCCUCUAGGUUGCGCAAGCAAGUUAGUCUUAGCCAAGCACCUCUUGCAGUGUACUGUUAUGGUGCAACAUUGUAAAAAGUACAAUCCCUGGUCCCGAUCCCUGUAGCAUGCCC